UCUAACCUCCAAAGUUUGGGGCCUCCCCCACCCCUCUUCCUGGGGGAAGUGGGGCUAAAAGGACUAGUUCUAUGAUUUACUGGAGGAGAGAAGGGAGGAGGCAGCGAACAGGGCAAGUUCCUGGGCAGGAAGCAAGCUCAGGGCACCUAUGGCACGGACACUUGGGGGAGGGGGGCGUGCAGGCUGGGCGUGGAGCCCCCCCAGUGGGGGGGCAGGACCCUGCUUCUCCGGUGACCACGCCCCAGGACCCAGGACCCGGAGCUGCUGUCUCUACAGAGUUCCUGUGGAGUAGAGCUGCCUGGCAGGGGAGGGGCGGAAAGGGUUGGAAUCUGGGCGCUCCCCUCUCCCUUUUCUCUUUCUUGGUUGCCUGCAGAGUGUUUGGGGGAGACUGGCAGUGAGUUGCCUGGGCGAGCAUCCAGGCCACUAGAGCGCCCCGGGAAAGUGGAAAGAGCGACCCUGGAGCCCGUGAGCUAGGCUGGACUCACUUUAGAGCCGAGCUAGACUCAGGGACUCAGCUUCGGGGCUCCGCAGGUGAGGGGACCCCUCACCCUCCCCCAGGGACCCACUCCUAGUCACCUCACCUGGCCUUGGCUUGCCCCAGGUGACUCUCUCUUGCUUCUUUGAUUCUUUCCCUCUCUGCCAACAACUUCUGGGUGAAGACAUUCACUGUUUUUUGGGUUUUUUUUUCUCUCUCUCUCUCUUUCUUUUAUUUUUAGUAGAAGUUGCUCUGAGCAUAGAGGAGGGAAUAGCUUCUGGUGGCUAAGAACCUCACCUACUUUGCCUUCAAGGGUUCCACCCUGAAGCCACCACUGCCUAGAAGAUUCAGGCUGUUGUUGGACUUGGUGAAGACUGAGGACUCCUGAAAGGUGGAGGCCAGUGCUCCACCUUCUGGAGUCCACCUUCCAGCGUGCAUGAGUGUGCAGGCUGGGGUGCGGGGUGAGAGUGGAGUCCAGCCUGGAGCCCCCAGUAAAUGGACCGCCCGGACAGCACCAGGCCUUUGCAGGCCAGGGUCUGGAGGGGAAAGACCCUAGGCAUGGGGGCGCUGGUUGGCUUCUGGGUCCUCAGCCUCCUGGCCUAUGGCUACCUGUCCUGGGGCCAGGGCAUGGAGAAGGAGGAAGAGGAGGAUGGGGCCUCCAGAGCUCAAGCCUUGGGGAGCUCAGACCCCAGGGAGCCUACCACCUCUCAGCAGCCCCAUCUCAUCUUCAUCCUUACGGACGACCAGGGCUUUCGAGAUGUGGGCUACCACGGGUCGGAGAUAAAGACCCCCACUCUGGACAAGCUGGCUGCGGAAGGAGUUAAACUGGAGAAUUAUUAUGUCCAACCGAUUUGCACGCCAUCUCGGAGUCAGUUUAUUACCGGAAAGUAUCAAAUACACACGGGGCUGCAGCAUUCUAUCAUCAGACCUACCCAGCCCAACUGCCUACCUCUCGACAAUGCAACCCUACCUCAGAAGCUGAAGGAAGUCGGCUAUUCCACUCAUAUGGUGGGAAAGUGGCAUUUGGGUUUUUACAGAAAAGAAUGCAUGCCCACCCAGAGAGGAUUUGACACCUUUUUUGGUUCCCUCUUGGGAAGUGGUGACUACUAUACACACUACAAGUGUGACAGCCCCGGGAUGUGUGGCUAUGACUUGUAUGAAAAUGACAACGCUGCCUGGGACUAUGAUAACGGCAUUUACUCCACACAGAUGUACACUCAGAGGGUGCAGCACAUCUUAGCCUCCCACCACCCCAGCAAGCCUUUAUUUCUAUACAUUGCCUAUCAAGCAGUGCACUCACCACUGCAAGCCCCUGGCAGGUACUUCGAACACUACAGAUCCAUCAUCAACAUCAACAGGAGGAGGUAUGCCGCCAUGCUUUCUUGCUUAGAUGAAGCAAUCAGCAAUGUGACCAUGGCUCUCAAGUCAUACGGCUUUUACAACAACAGCAUUAUCAUCUAUUCCUCAGAUAAUGGUGGCCAGCCCACGGCAGGUGGGAGUAACUGGCCUCUCAGAGGCAGUAAAGGAACCUACUGGGAAGGGGGGAUCCGGGCUGUGGGCUUUGUGCACAGCCCGCUUCUGAAGAACAAGGGAACAGUGUGUAAGGAGCUUGUGCACAUCACAGACUGGUACCCCACCCUGAUUUCCCUGGCUGAAGGGCAGAUUGAUGAGGAUAUUCAACUGGACGGCUACGACAUCUGGGAGACCAUCAGUGAAGGCCUGCGUUCACCCCGGGUGGAUAUCUUGCACAACAUCGACCCCAUCUACACCAAGGCGAAAAAUGGCUCCUGGGCAGCAGGCUAUGGGAUCUGGAACACAGCCAUCCAGUCAGCAAUCAGGGUGAGGCACUGGAAACUGCUCACUGGGAACCCUGGCUACAGUGACUGGGUGCCUCCUCAGUCCUUCAGCAAUCUGGGCCCUAACCGGUGGCACAAUGAACGCGUCACCUUGCCCACUGGAAAGAGUGUGUGGCUUUUCAACAUCACAGCUGACCCCUACGAAAGGGUGGACCUGUCCCACAGGUAUCCUGGAGUCGUGAAGCAGCUCCUCCGCAGACUCUCCCAGUUCAACAAAACCGCCGUGCCUGUCAGAUACCCCCCCAAAGACCCCAGAAGUAAUCCUCGACUGAAUGGGGGGGUCUGGGGACCAUGGUAUAAAGACGAAUAUAAGAAAAAGAAGUCCAGCAAAAAGAAGGCUCAGAAAAAGCUGAAGAAAAGCAAGGCAAAGCCAAAGUGGCAAAAUAAAGCACGCUCGUUUCCAAACUGUCCUUCAGAUGCUUCAGAUGUGACCCGAGGAUAAGUCUGAAUAUUUUCCUAUUUUGGUUUUAUUUCAAUGGACUCUUGGUUUUUCAUGUUUUCUAGGUAAAUGAACAGGUUUGGCUCAAUCCUAUCACUGCCAGAAGCAUCAGACUUUUUGUCAUCCUGUGCCUUCCAGAGAUGUCUGUCACCUGGCUGGCAUAGGUGCCAAAGGUGCUACUCUUGUAAGCCACAUUAAGAUGAGAAUGGAGAGGCUGAUUUCUCUUGCCUCUAGUUAAAAGACAA